UCGACAUACAUGCAUUCAGAUUUUUCUUCAAAUAAUUAUUGAAUGUUAACCAAGUUGUACCUUAAAAUCGUUGUCUCUCUUCUUGUUGUAUUACCAUUGUUCUUUGAGGUAACGUCGCAAAAUAUAAAUCCAACAAUGUCAAAAUUAGUCGGUGUUGAUUUCGAGGUGUUUGGAAGAGUACAAGGAGUAUUCUUUAGAAAGUAUACCCAAAAACGUGGUACCGAAUUAGGUUUAAAGGGAUGGUGUAUGAACACCGAUAAAGGUACAGUUGUUGGCCGCCUUGAAGGAGAAAAAAGUAAAGUGGAAGAGAUGAAAAAUUGGCUACGCACUACUGGAAGUCCGGAAUCAGCUAUAGACGAAGCAGUGUUCAAAAAUGAGAAAGAAAUAUCUGAAUCUACAUUCACUACUUUUGAAAUUAAAAAAUAA